AUGGUGGAGUAUAAGGUUGAGGUGUUUGACAGCACUGUCCUCACCCUGGACACCAUCUACAUCAGGCUGAUAGGCAGCAUCUGCAACAGUGAACCCCAGGUUCUCCACAGCCCACUUUCAUUGCUACUCCUGGACAACGACCUCUACAUCAAACAGGAGUUCCAUGCGCAGACCAUCUCGUUUUUGGGCUUUGUCGUGUCACAUAACACACUGCGCAUGGUCCCCACCAAGGUCAAGGUGGUCCAGAACUGGCCCCGACAGACUUCGGUGGACUCCUCCGAAGUAGGCGUGGGUGCGGUCUUAUCUCAGCAGGUGGGGCUGGAUGGCCGACUGCACCCAUGUGCCUACUACUCCCACUGUCUAUCCCCUGUGGAGCAGAGGUAUGACGUUGGAGACGGGGAGCUCCUGGCCGUGAAGCUGGCUCUAGAAGAGUGGAGGCAUUGGCUUGAGGGAGCGGAACACCCUUUUCUGGUCUGGACUGACCAUAAAAACCUGGCUUACAUCCAGCAGGCCAAGUGCCUGAACCCACGCCAGGCCAGAUGGGGGCUUCCCCCGGAGCGCACUGUAACAACAGUGUGCUGUGACAACAAUGUUGGCACUGUCCUGCUGGUAGAACUAGAGGCCACGCCAUGCUUUCUGCAUUUCUUUAAGGACUGGUUCUGUGCCAAGCUGGUGGUGACCACACCUGAAGGAGAUGAAGUCGUCUUCCCCUGUUACCAGUGGCUGGACAGCAAAAAGCCAAUCGUCUCUCUCCGGAACAGCAAGGCUACACUUGUCCAGAAGGAAACAGAAAUUGCCCUCCACUUCCAAAGGCGACAGGAGCUCAAGGAGAGGCAGCAGAACUUCAGGUAUGGAGGAAAAAUUAUGAUUUACCCUCCAGCAUUGAUGCAGAUUCAGCGUCUGAUUUGCCGAGUGAGACUGGCUGAGCUGGAGCUUGAGAGUUUGAUGGCCUGCUCAGAAUCAUGGCGCAGUUUCAACCAACUUCAAUCAAUCCUCCGUCACCCCGAACCCAACAAGGCUGGAGCUUACGUCCAGCAGCACUGGCAGGAAGACGAGUUCUUCGGCUAUCAGACGCUCAAUGGAUUGAACCCCAUGCUGAUUGAGCUCUGCACCAAGCUGCCAAGAAAUUUUCCCGUCACUAAUACCAUGGUCAGGUCUUCUUUGGAAGGAAGCAGUUUGAAGACGGAAAUGAAGAAAGGAAAUAUCUUCCUCUGUGAUUAUAAACGCCUGAGCGGAUUUAAGGGAAGUAUGAUUGAUGGGAAACAGCAGUAUCUGGCUGCUCCACUCUGCCUGCUCUACAGCACCCCUGAGAAAACUCUCAAACCCAUCGCUAUACAGUUACAGCAGAAGCCGAAUAGAAACAACCCCAUCUUCCUGCCCACUGACUCCCAGUGGGAUUGGCUCUUGGCAAAGAUCUUUGUGAGGAAUGCAGAAUUCCACGAACAUGAGCUCAACUUCCACCUGCUGCGUACUCACCUGCUGGCCGAGGUUUUCACCAUCGCAACCCUCCGCAACCUGCCAUCAGCUCACCCGCUGUACAAGCUCCUGAAGCCCCACACUCUCUACACACUGCAGAUCAACAUCAUGGCCAGAAACCUGCUGAUCUCACCUGGAGGGGUUUUCGAUAAGUAUACUUCAAUAGGUCAUGCAGUCAGGGCAUACCUGCCCAAAGCCUUCUCCACCCUGACCUACAGCUCCCUCUGUCUUCCGGACAAUAUCAAGGAGAGAGGUCUGGAGAACAUCCCCGACUACUUCUAUAGAGAGCAAGCCCAAAAGCUCUGGAACAUCAUCAACAAGUAUGUUGAUGGAGUUGUGAAGUACUACUAUCUCAGCGCUGAGGACGUGCAGAAAGACUCAGAACUGCAGGACUGGAUCAGUGAAAUAUUUAACUUUGGAUUUCUGGGAAGAGAACAGAGUGGAAUUCCGAAGUCUUUCAGCACAGUGGACGAGCUCAUCAAGUUCGUGACGAUGGUGAUCUUCACGGUGUCGGCUCAGCACGCUGCGGUUAACAACGGCCAGUUUGAUUUCGGGGGCUGGAUGCCCAAUCUGCCGACCGCCCUCAGACUCCCCCCACAAUGCAAGAAAGGUGUGACCACAGAGAAAACCAUAUUUCAAGCCCUGCCUAAUGUCACCACUACCAUCCAUGGCAUGGCUGUUCUGUAUCUGCUGAGCAGGAAGUCCUCUGACCACUACCUGCUUGGAAAUUUUCGGGAGGAGCUGUUCAGCGAGGCUGUACCACGUGGCCAUAUUAAAGAAUUUCAGAAAGCUCUCAAAUUAUUAGAGGCUGAAGAUAAAACCAGGAACCAGUCCCUUGAACCUGGCUACCCUUACUUAAACCCAACAACUGUGGAUAACAGUGUUGCUCUGUAG